AUGGCCAGGCACCAGACAGGCCAUCACAGUAGCUUCGUAGAAGCGUUUCGAGAACCUCGCUGUACUUACUUCAAAGGAAUAACUUGGAUCAGGAUGAAUGUAGCAACUUCAGAAGUUCCAAUGGACCCCAGUAAACCGAUUCCUCUCGGUUCUCGCAAGCAAGUUAUCAGCCACGCCAAAACCCGUUGGAAAACCGGAUGGUUUCACCCUGAACGAGAAAGCAUCUGGGAAGCGCGAAUGCUGAACCAACGAAAGGAACCACUUUCCUGCCGGACCCCUGGUAAGGGCGUCGACAUUCAUGAGGGCGGCGGGCUUCGAUCCAGACGUCGCUGCAUUUGGCUGUGGUCGUCGACGAUUGGCCCAGGCCGACAUCUAAGCCACGACUCGCUCCUCUACAUGACUGCGUCCCGCCUAUCCAUCUUCAACGCACGCGAAGAGCAAGGAGGGAAACCCUUGAAACUAGAGAUCACCUCGGCGCUGAUGCCAUAA